CAGCAGUGCAGCUCCUCUGUCCACCCCAGUGCAGGAGAAGGAGGAGGAGGAGGAGGAGGAGGAGGACAGCUCCCUGAAUACAUCAAACACCGCUUGUCCCCGUUUGAAGCUGCAAAUCCGGAGCACUUUGUUAUGCUAAUGAAGUCUGACAUCACUUGUGUGAUCAAAGCCAAUGACAGGAAUAUAAGCAGGUUGUGGAGCGGUGAGGGGCAGAACAGCCUCUAGCUGGCAGUAUCCUCCAGGACUUCACACCAGCACCUUCUACUUCUCCAGGACUGUACACUGCGCUGAUUCCUAUGGAUGAUCAUCUGUGUGAUCAGCACUUCUCCUCCUCCUGACACCCAGCACCAGGGAUAUUACACUGCACUCUGCACUCUGGGACAAGGACAGGGACAAGGACUGACUGCCUGCAGGGACAAUUACAGGGAUUCUGCUUUGGCUGGACAAGUGACUCUGAGAUCACACAUCAUGGAUCUACUGUUGAGAAAGGACUCUUCCUAUCAGUGAUAGCGGGACGGGACACUGUUGAAGAACCUCGGCAGAAAGUACUCUGGGACAUCUCUAUUACCCCGAUUGUGUUGGAUUAGAACGCCUCUGAAAAUGAAGAUCCAUCUUUUUAUUGGGACUGUAUUAACCUUCAUUGUACACACAAGGAUAUGCCAAAGCAUCAAAUGGCUAGCACUAUCGAAGACUUCAGCAUCCCUUGCCCUGAACCAGACCCAGCACUGCAAGCAGCUGGACGGCCUGGUCUCCUCUCAGACGCAGCUGUGCCGGAGUAACCUAGAACUGAUGCAGACCAUCGUCCUGGCAGCUAAGGAGGUGAAGAAGACAUGCAUCAAAGCAUUCACCGACAUGAGGUGGAACUGCACGUCCAUUGAGCUGGCACCCAACUUCAACCAGGAUUUGGAGAGAGGGACACGAGAGUCAGCUUUUGUGUACGCUCUCUCUGCGGCCACCAUCAGUCAUACGAUUGCCAGGGCCUGCACCUCAGGUGACAUUCCUGGGUGUUCGUGUGGUCCUAUCCCUGGAGAGGCACCAGCCCCAGGGUAUCGGUGGGGAGGAUGUGCUGACAACCUCAACUAUGGCAUUAUGAUGGGGUCUAAGUUCUCUGAUGCCCCAAUGAAGAUGAAGAAGGCAGGCUCCCAAGCCAAUAAGCUUAUGCACCUACACAACAGUGAAGUAGGGAGGCAGGCGCUGAAAGGCUCCCUGGAGAUGAAGUGUAAAUGUCAUGGAGUUUCGGGUUCGUGCUCUAUUAAGACUUGCUGGAGAGGUCUUCAAGAACUUCGUGAGAUUGCUCUGGACCUUAAAACCAAAUAUUUGUCAGCCACAAAGGUGGUUCAUCGGCCCAUGGGUACACGGAAACAGCUGGUACCAAAGGACCUAGACAUCAGACCAGUGCUGGAAACAGAACUGAUUUACCUCCAAAGCUCACCAGAUUAUUGUUUGAAAAAUGAAAAGUUGGGUUCACAUGGAACACAAGACCGACAAUGCAAUAAAACAUCCAAUGGAAGCGACAGUUGUGAUUUAAUGUGCUGCGGAAGGGGCUACAACCCGUACAUGGACAAAGUGGUGGAGAGGUGUCAUUGUAAAUACCAUUGGUGUUGCUAUGUAACCUGCAAAAAAUGCGAGAGGACUGUGGAACGAUAUGUUUGCAAAUGAGAAGCUUUUUGGAUAAAGACGAGGCACCAAAAAAGAAAAAAACAAACAAAAACCAAAGCACUAACUGCGGCGAUAUAAAAAACUUUCUAUAUGAACCUUUUUUUGUUUUUGUUUUUGCAUGGACAUGGGCCUUUUAAAGCAAGUGUGCCAAAUGAGAUUUACUAAGGAUUAAGGGGAAAGAGAAUAUUAGACAUCUAUUUUUCUUUGACCGACCUGAAUGUUUUUGGAGUAAAAAUAAAAUAAAAAAAAAAAAGGACUUUGGUCAACAUCUAUCAAAGCAAGAGCGACAAAACCGACCGACAGAUAUCAUUUUGCUGGAUUGUAAAUAUAAUUAAAUCCAUUGAUUUUUUUUUUUUAUUGUGGCGAACCAUUGCUGUUACACAACUUUAAUGAAUCCGGGAAUUAAUGAAAUAAUCUGUGAAAACGUUUGGACUGGAAAAAACGAAAACCCGACGAUUGUAUGUUCCAGUGGGCUCCAUUAGGAAUAUCACAAGUGCAAUGAACUCUUAUCAUCUACAUUGUUUACAUUCUUCAGAAUUCCGCAACUCUCAGCGCAAAAAAAAAAAGCC